UUUGGCGUAGCAUUUGAAUCCAUUUGGGGUGAGUGUGGCAGGGAGAUCUGUCUUUCUUUCUCGACUUUCAGAUACUUCAGCAUCGCCAAUGUCACAGGAACACCGAUUUGGCUAUUUUCUAGAAUUAGGGUUUUGGCCGAAGCCUCCACUUCUAUUCGGUCCAAAUCAUUGGCGGAAACGACACAGCUCUCCUCCAGCUUGCAAACUUUAAAGCUUUACGCAGGCUACUCAGUCAUACUAGUAAGCCUAGCAGCAGCUGAAGAUCUCAAUUUCACCUACAAUGGUUUCCUGUCUGCUAAUCUUAGCCUAGAUGGUGUAGCCCAAGUCACAUCCAAUGGCCUUCUGAAGCUUACAAAUGACACUGGACUCGGCCAUGCCUUCUACCCCAACCCAGUAACCUUCAAGAACUCAUCCAAUGCUACCGCUUUCUCCUUCUCUACCACUUUUGUGUUCGCAAUCAGAUCCAGAUUGGGACCAUUUUUGGGUGGCCAUGGAAUUGCCUUUGUCAUUGCUCCGACAAGAGGACUCCCCGGAGGUUUUAUAAACCAGUACCUGGGCGUUUUCAAUGAAACCAACAACGGCAAACCCACCAACCAUAUUUUUGCUGUAGAGCUUGAUGCCGUACAGAACCCCGAGUUUGGCGACAUCAACGACAACCAUGUUGGGAUCGAUAUCAAUGAUUUGGACUCAGUGAACUCAACUCCAGCGGGAUAUCAUGCUCUAUACAAUGGCGGUUUCCGAAACUUGACCCUCAACAGUGGUCAACCAAUGCAAGUUUGGGUGGAGUAUGAUGGUAUCCAGAAGCAAAUCAAUGUCACUUUGGGUCCAAUCAAUGUUGAUAAACCCCAUAUUCCACUCUUGUCUUUGAAGUAUGACCUGUCCACGGUCCUUAACACGACCAUGUAUGUUGGCUUCUCCUCUACUGCUGGUGCACUCGUCACAUCUCAUUAUGUUCUAGGAUGGAGCUUUGAGAUGAAUGGCCAGGCUCUAGAACUUGUUCUCUCACAACUUCCUAAGCUGCCCCGGAUAGGACGUAAAAAAAUAUCUAAUUUUUUGACCGUUGGUGUGCCUGUGAUGUCUGUGAGUUUGGUUUUGCUAGCAAUUUCAAGUUUAAUUUAUGCCAUAAGAAGGAAGAAGAAGUUUGCAGAGCUGCUUGAAGAUUGGGAGCUUGAGUAUGGGCCUCAAAGGUUUAAAUACAAAGAGUUAUAUAUGGCAACAAAAGGGUUUAGGGAGAAGGAGCUUUUGGGAAGUGGGGGAUUUGGUAAGGUCUAUAAAGGCAUAUUACCUUCCUCCAAAACUGAGAUUGCAGUGAAGAGGGUCUCACAUGAAUCAAGACAGGGGAUGAAGGAGUUUGUUGCAGAAAUUAUUAGCAUUGGCAGACUUCGUCACCGAAAUUUAGUACCACUGUUGGGAUAUUGCAGAAGAAAAGGGGAGCUGCUCUUGGUCUAUGACUACAUGCCUAAUGGAAGCNNNNAAUCUUAA